CUUGUCGUCCUCUGUGCUGCAAGGCUUCACGUGCACCGGAGUGAGGACUUUUAAGAAGGUGCAGAUCAAGAAGCUGAUCAAAGCCUGUCGGAGGAAAGGAAAGAGAAAGGUCACACUGGUGGAGACUCAGUUGACCUGCAUGUACAACUACAUCAAAAACGACUCCGACGCCACCACCUUCGAGCUGUUUCCUCCUGAUAUGCUGAUGUACUACGAUUACUCUCUGGUGCCAGAGGCCAUGUGCAGGUCGUAUUUCGAUCAGCUUUCAGACGCAGACUUCUCCGUCUUCUCCUCCGACCUCAGCUACAAACGCAGCGCUCUGUUUGUUAACGCGAGGAGCUGCCUGGGUAUAACCAACACGAGUCUGACGGAGGACAAUGUGUCGGUGCUGGGGAACAUGUGCUGCGUUCUGGACGGGUCGUACAUCGAGAACUCUGACCCGUCCAUCCUGGAGAAACUCAACAACUGUCCGGACCUCACAGACGCUCAGGCGGCCGCUGUUGAAACUCUGCUGCAGGGCGGGAAGACUCAGUACGGAGCUGCAUCGACAUGGACAUUACAGACUCUGAAGGACCUCGAGAUGUUACCGCUGUAUCUGACUUCCAGCUUCUACGAUCACUUUAAUAAAAAAACAAAGCGGACGUUCUUAAAGUACUUCCUGACGGUUCUUAAAAGCAACGGAGUGAGCAGAAAGAAGAGGAAGAGUCUGAAGAAAGAAAUAAGAAAGUCCAUUAAGAACAAAUCAAAGCGAUCUGUCGCCGCUGAGUGCACUGUAGGAGAGAUCAAUCAGGUGAUCAUCAGCGAUGAGACGUUCCCCUUCGACUAUGACGACAUCACUCAGUUUAACUGCUGCCUCAGCGCCUCCACCGUUAAAAACAAUCUGGACGGCAUCACGGACAAGGUGGACGACGAGGAUUACCUCAAGAUCGUUCUCAGCAAGCUGCACGAGGCGUACUCCAGCUCUGACAUCCCAGAAGAUCAGGUCCAGCUCUUGGGCCCGGCGUCCCGCGUUGCCACAGUUGAAAACAUCGACAUGUGGACCAUCACUCAGAUCGACACUCUCUCCUCUCUGAUGGACUCGGACAAUGGGGACUGGGACUCGAGCCUGGCGAAGGCCAUCGUCUCUAAGUAUCUGAGUACUGAGGGGAACAGUCUGGGCAGCACGGAGCUCAACAGCCUCGGAGGAACCAACCUCUGCUUCCUCGACGUCGACGUCCUGCAGAACAUUUCCUCACAAAGCCUCAAGUAAGGGUCGUGUGUGUGUG